AUGGUCAUCGUGCGGAGACAUUCCCACGUCCUGCCCUGGGGCUCUAUCCGAAACCUCAAGCCAGUUACUCAGUUGUAUGUCAGUUUGCCCCCCAGCACCAAAGAUAGCCUGAAGAAAAUUGAUCGCCCACUCUUUAAGGAUUUCUGGCAAAGAUUCCUUGACAGUUUAAAAGCCUUAGCAACAAAGAAACAACGAACUGUGUACCGACUGACGCUGGUGAAGGCCUGGAAUGUGGAUGAACUGCAGGCGUAUGCUGAGCUCGUGAGCCUGGGGAAUCCUGACUUCAUCGAAGUGAAGGUAAGCCAUGGCCAGCUACACGUGACACCCCGGGCUUUCUUUGAUGACAGCCGUGGAGCUGAUUUAGAACUCUAA